AUGGCUGAAAAGUUAUUGUAUGAACCCAAUGCACCCGAUUACAAACCAGCUUCUUUGGAUUGUUCUACACAGUCCUUAUUUGAUAAAUUAGCGCCUGAUGCUUCCUUGUCUACUUUUAUGGACGUCCUCACUCAAGUACAAGAUGUAUUUCACCUUGUCAAUAACACAGACGACAAGGACAAUAAUAUGAUCACCGUCUUUUGUCCCGUAAACUCUGCCUUUAAAAAUGAAUUGGACCUAUACACUCGUGAGCAUUUAGACGACUUUUUACGCAACCAUAUUGUUAGAGGGUCCAAAAUUGACCCAGACGCUCUUAAACGUAUUCACUCGCCUCUCAAAUCAAUGUCAGGUGCUUCCAUUCAUGUCAAGCAUCAUUUCUUUUCUCAAAAGACCGUACUCAAUGACCAUGCAACUGUUGAUACUGUGCAUUAUAUCGAAGCUAUAAAUGGAUAUGCUUACAAAAUCGAUCACCUGUUGAGACCUGCAAAGUAG